GCAUGGCGGCGGCGGCGGGCGCCCCUCCGCCGGGUCCGCCGCAGCCUCCUCCGCCGCCGCCGCCCGAGGAGUCGUCCGACAGCGAGCCCGAGGCGGAGCCCGGCUCCCCGCAGAAGCUCAUCCGCAAGGUGUCCACGUCGGGCCAGAUCCGGCAGAAGACUGUCAUCAAAGAGGGGAUGCUGACCAAACAGAACAAUUCAUUCCAGCGAUCAAAAAGGAGAUACUUUAAGCUGCGGGGGCGAACGCUGUACUAUGCAAAAACUGCAAAGUCCAUCAUAUUUGAUGAGGUGGACCUGACAGAUGCCAGCGUGGCUGAAUCCAGCACCAAGAACGUCAACAACAGUUUCACGGUCAUCACUCCAUGUAGGAAACUCAUUUUGUGUGCUGAUAACAGGAAAGAAAUGGAAGAAUGGAUUGCAGCGCUAAAGACUGUCCAGAACAGGGAGCACUUUGAGCCUACUCAGUACAGCAUGGACCAUUUCUCAGGGAUGCACAAUUGGUACGCCUGUUCCCAUGCAAGGCCGACCUAUUGCAACGUGUGCCGAGAGGCUCUGUCCGGGGUCACGUCACACGGACUGUCCUGUGAAGUGUGCAAAUUUAAGGCACACAAACGGUGUGCUGUGCGUGCCACCAACAACUGCAAGUGGACCACCCUGGCCUCCAUCGGGAAGGACAUCAUUGAGGACGAGGACGGGAUUGCCAUGCCUCACCAAUGGCUGGAGGGAAACCUGCCUGUGAGUGCCAAGUGCACAGUGUGCGACAAGACGUGUGGCAGCGUGCUGCGUCUGCAGGACUGGCGCUGCCUCUGGUGCAAGGCCAUGGUGCACACGUCCUGUAAGGAGUCCUUACAGACCAAGUGCCCACUGGGCCUGUGCAAGGUGUCUGUCAUCCCACCCACCGCACUCAACAGCAUCGAUUCUGACGGCUUCUGGAAGGCCACGUGCCCUCCGUCCUGCACAAGCCCAUUGCUUGUCUUUGUCAAUUCCAAAAGUGGGGACAACCAGGGUGUGAAGUUCCUCAGAAGAUUCAAACAGCUGCUGAACCCUGCCCAAGUCUUUGACCUCAUGAACGGAGGACCACACCUCGGCUUACGCUUAUUCCAGAAGUUUGAUACAUUCCGGAUUCUGGUUUGUGGUGGGGAUGGCAGUGUUGGCUGGGUCCUCUCUGAAAUCGACAGCCUCAAUCUUCACAAACAGUGCCAGCUGGGAGUGCUGCCCCUCGGCACGGGAAACGACCUGGCUCGCGUGUUAGGCUGGGGCUCAGCCUGUGACGAUGACACCCAGCUCCCGCAGAUCUUAGAAAAGCUGGAACGAGCCAGCACCAAGAUGCUGGACCGGUGGAGCGUCAUGGCUUACGAGACCAAACUCCCGCGGCAGGCCUCCUCUUCCACGGGCACUGAAGACUUCAGUGAGGGCUCUGAGGUGCAACAAAUUCUCUUCUAUGAAGACUCAGUCGCGGCCCAUCUUUCCAAAAUUCUGACCUCCGACCAGCACUCGGUGGUGAUCUCGUCGGCCAAAGUGCUCUGCGAGACUGUGAAGGACUUCGUGGCUCGGGUGGGGAAAGCCUACGAGAAGACCACCGAGAGCUCGGAGGAGUCAGAGGUCAUGGCCAAGAAGUGCUCUGUCCUGAAAGAGAAGCUGGACUCUCUCCUCAAGACCCUGGAUGAUGAGUCCCAGGCCUCGUCCUCCCUGCCCACCCCUCCGCCCACCAUCGCUGAGGAGGCGGAAGAUGGAGACGGGGCGGGCAGCGGCUGCGGCUCCACAGGGGAGCGCUCGGUGGGGUCAGCGUGCCCCACCCGGCCGCAGAUAUUCCGUCCCCGGGAACAGCUCAUGCUCAGAGCCAACAGCCUGAAGAAAGCCAUCCGUCAGAUCAUAGAACACACAGAAAAAGCUGUUGACGAACAGAACGCCCAGACCCAAGAACAGGAGGGCUUCACCUUAGGUCUCUCUGAGUCAGAGGAGAAAAAAGACCUGAAAUCGGAUGACAGAGUGUGUCCCACUGAGAGCUGUGGGGUUGCCAAGGGCAGGAGCCUCCGCAAAGUGUCCAAAUCCCCAUGUGAGAAGCUGAUAAGCAAAGGAAGUCUGUCACUGGGCAGUUCUGCCUCUCUUCCUUCCCAGUCAGGAAACCGGGAUGGCCUGCCAGCCCUGAACACCAAGAUCCUGUUCUCCAAUGUUCGGGCUGGGAUGUCUGGUUCCUUGCCUGGAGGUUCUGUCAUCAGUCGCUUACUAAUUAACGCGGAUCCCUUUAACUCUGAACCGGAAAACCUAGAGUAUUACACAGAGAAGUGCGUCAUGAACAAUUAUUUUGGCAUUGGCCUGGAUGCGAAGAUUUCCCUGGACUUCAACAACAAGCGUGAUGAGCACCCAGAGAAGUGCAGGAGUCGGACCAAGAACAUGAUGUGGUACGGAGUUCUCGGGACCAAAGAGUUGCUACACAGAACCUACAAGAACCUGGAGCAGAAGGUCCUGUUGGAGUGUGAUGGUCGACCCAUCCCACUCCCCAGUCUCCAGGGAAUUGCCGUCCUCAACAUUCCCAGCUAUGCUGGAGGGACCAACUUCUGGGGGGGCACCAAGGAAGAUGAUACUUUUGCAGCUCCGUCGUUUGAUGAUAAGAUCCUGGAGGUGGUCGCUGUGUUUGGCAGUAUGCAGAUGGCCGUCUCUCGUGUCAUUAAGCUGCAGCAUCACCGAAUCGCCCAGUGUCGCACGGUGAAGAUUUCCAUCCUGGGGGAUGAGGGCGUACCUGUGCAGGUGGACGGAGAAGCCUGGAUCCAGCCUCCAGGAUACAUUCGGAUCAUCCACAAGAACCGGGCGCAGACACUCACCAGAGAUAGGGCAUUUGAGAACACCCUGAAGUCCUGGGAAGACAAGCAGAAGUGCGAGCUUCCUCGCCCCCCAUCUUUCUCUUUGCACCCGGAGAUCCUGUCUGAGGAAGAGGCCACCCAGAUGGACCAGUUCGGGCAGGCGGCGGGAGCCCUCAUCCACAGUAUCCGAGAGAUAGCUCAGUCCCAUCAAGACAUGGAGCAGGAACUUGCCCACGCCGUCAAUGCCAGCUCCAAGUCCAUGGACCGGGUGUACGGCAAGCCCAGAACUACAGAGGGGCUGAACUGUAGCUUUGUCCUGGAAAUGGUGAAUAACAUCAAAGCUCUGCGCAGUGAGACGGAACUGCUGCUGGCUGGGAAGAUGGCCCUGCAGUUGGAUCCUCCUCAGAAAGAGCGACUUGGGGCUGCUCUCACAGAGAUGGACCAGCAGCUCAGGAAGCUGGCGGACACCCCCUGGUUGUGCCAGCCCAUGGAGCCUGGUGAUGAAGAGAAUGUGAUGCUGGAGCUUUCCAAACGCAGCCGCAGCGGCAAGUUCCGCCUGGUGACCAAGUUUAAGAAAGAGAAAAACAGCAAGAACAGAGAAGCUCGCAGCAGCCUGGGAGCCCCGGUUCACCUCUGGGGGACAGAGGAGGUUGCUGCCUGGCUGGAGCACCUCAGUCUCUGUGAGUAUAAGGACAUCUUCACGCGGCACGACAUCCGGGGCUCCGAGCUCCUGCACCUGGAGCGGAGGGACCUCAAGGACCUCGGCGUGACCAAGGUGGGCCACAUGAAGAGGAUCCUGUGUGGCAUCAAGGAGCUGAGCCGGAGCACUCCUGCCACCGAGGCCUAGCCCUGGCCCUGUCGGCCUGCGUCCUCCGCGC